UCGCAGGCCUACGUCCCUUGUGAUCCGCCACACCGUAUACUGUGACAUCAUUGUCCAACUCUUUCGUUUCCUUCCCGUCUUCAACCGUCCUCGCUUUCCUCUUCCUCAAUCUCCAGAUCUGAAAAAUGGCGUCGCACGAAUCCACCAACGACGUCGACAAGAGAGAGGAGAAACGCAACUCCGACGGUGGAUCCGUGGCGGCCAACGUGGUGCCGCGGCCGAUUCCGGGGGAGCGGCGCAAGGUGGCCCUGAUCACCGGCAUCACGGGGCAGGACGGAUCGUACCUGACGGAGUUCCUGUUGGGGAACGGAUACGAGGUGCACGGCCUCAUCCGGCGCUCCUCCAAUUUCAACACCGCCCGCCUCGAUCACCUCUACGUCGACCCUCAUAACGCUGCCAAGGCCCGCAUGAAGCUCCACUACGCUGACCUCUCCGACGCCUCUUCCCUUCGCCGCUGGGUCGACGCCCUCCUUCCCGACGAGGUCUACAACCUCGCCGCCCAAUCCCACGUCGCCGUCUCCUUCGAGAUCCCGGACUACACCGCCGACGUCGUCGCCACCGGCGCUCUCCGCCUCCUCGAGGCCGUCCGCUGCGCCACCAAACCCGCCCGCUACUACCAGGCCGGCUCCUCCGAGAUGUUCGGCUCCACGCCGCCGCCCCAGUCGGAGGCGUCCCCGUUCCAUCCCCGCUCUCCAUACGCUGCCGCCAAGGUCGCCGCGCACUGGUACACCGUCAACUACCGUGAGGCCUACGGCCUGUUCGCCUGCAACGGCAUCCUGUUCAACCACGAGAGCCCCCGCCGUGGCGAGAACUUCGUCACCCGCAAGAUCACCCGCGCCGUCGGCCGCAUCCGCGUCGGCCUUCAAACCAAGGUCUUCCUGGGCAACCUGUCCGCCGCCCGCGACUGGGGCUUCGCCGGGGACUACGUCGAGGCCAUGUGGAUGAUGCUGCAGCAGGAGGAGCCCGGAGACUACGUGGUCGCCACCGAGGAGUCCCACACGGUGGAGGAGUUCCUCCAGGCCGCAUUCAGCUACGUCGGACUAAACUGGAAGGACCAUGUGGUCAUCGACCCACGGUACUUCCGCCCCGCCGAGGUGGACAGCCUCAAGGGCGACUCCACCAAGGCGAGAAAGGCGCUCGGAUGGAAGCCUAAGGUGGGAUUCCAGGAUCUGGUGAAGAUGAUGGUAGAUCAUGACAUCGAGAUCGCCAAGAGGGAGAAGGUGCUCGUGGAUGCCGGUUACAUCGAUGCCCAGCAGCAGCCAUAGAAUAGAAUUCUUCUUCUUCUCGUCUUCUACCUUCACACGCUAUUCAUAUACCCAAAAUUUUCCCACUACAUGUUAUCUUCUUCUACUUUUCCAUCUCCGUUGGUAAUAUAUUACUGAUUAAGUAAUGUGCUACACUUUAUUCUGCAACUUCAUUUAUGUGCUACUGACUAUGUGAUUGUAGUAUAAUGUUAUUACUAGUUUGCUUCA